UCCCAUCGACGACUUGCGUCACGUCGCUCAACAUGGCCUUCUUGAAGAAGAACUCAAGCCAUAAGAACCGGCUGGAAGUCAAAGAAGACACCGGGAAGAAGGCCGUUGGGCAGGCGUCAUCGUCUUCGUUACCCAACGCCGCACCAACACCCAAAGCGGCGAAUCCGUUUCCGCACGAGCAGCUGAUGAGGGCGAGAUAUCUCGACCAACGGAAGCUGAAGAAAUCUCUUGAUUCUAUUUAUGGCGAAGGAAAGUAUCAAGUCAAGGUAAAGCGCGGCAGUGUGAAUUCCCUGGUCUCGCCUUGCAUCGAUUAACUGACCC